AUGAGAAUCCUAGUUGUCCUUGCAAGCUGGACUUGUGGCACCCUGACUCUAGCUUCCUGCUCAGCUGCCUUUUCCCACGGUGUGAGCAUCCAGGCCUGUGAAGACAUGUGGCCCAGGCACACACAAACCCAGCCCAACCCUGGUACCCACCACAUCCCCAUCCAUACCAGCAGGUCUUCCUACUAGCCCGGAGCCAAGAUUCCAGUGUCUGUCCAAUGCAGUCAUGGCACUACAGGCUUUCUGCUGCAAGCACGCACAGUUGCUGUUCACCAGAUAGCAGGCAUCUUUGUCUUCACCCAUUCUGAACUGAUGACUUGUUUUGAAGAGGCAGAUACUGCCAUUCACUCUGACAACACCCUGAAGAGAAUACUGUUCAUAUGGAAAUCCCCUGCCCAGUCUGUGGGGACACUAGAUUCCUUACUGUCAAUCACCAAGUCAUAUUUUGUGUACUGGACCAGAAUUGAAUUGUCUGUAGUGUCUCAACAGACACACAGUGGAGGCCCCUCUGUCAUCCUCUACCACAUGCAGCCUAGCAAUGGCCAGCAACUCAGUGGAGAGAUCGACCCAAGCCUACAACCAUCCCUGGAUGUCUAUAAGUUGGAGAUACUCGUGACUCUCAGAAAAGGUGCCCUAGACAGUGUUGUUUCCAUCCCGAGCACCCACCAUGGGUAUCAGAACAGUCUGAGUUUUGGUUCUUUGGAAACCUGCCUGUCCUCAAAUAAGGCACAGGGAGUAGAGUGUGAAGGAGGUAGUAUGGGAUACCUUAACAAGACCGACCUAAGGCCUGAAGUGAAGCGAGGAAUCAGUGCCCCUUUGGUGAUGCAGCUCAGGGCUCCACAGCCGGGAAUCCUGAUUUGCCUGUCAGCCACCCUGGGUAUGGCCCUGGCUUCUGGACUUUGCUAUCUGUAUCCUCAGUAUGGCCACAGUGGACAGAAAGGGUCCUUCAGUGAACCUGCUGCAGGCGCUCUUGCCAGGAGUGACAAUGGGAAGGCAGUUUAUGUCAGGAAGACAAGAAUCCCUCUGUAG